GGGACAGUGAACUGGCCUCCUGCUUAAAAAGUUUGAGGACCCCUAAUCUAAUGCCUGUUCAUCCUUCUGAGCUCGGCAUAGGGGACACUGUCUCAGGAAAGCUUCCUUGACUUUCUACAAUAGGUUAUGUUAAUCUACCAUGUGCUCCCCAUAGCACUCUGUGCUUUUUUUUUUUUAUUGUUGAACUUAGUUAUUUAACAUUCUUCUUCUUCCGUUAGAAUACCUGUUCCAUGAGGACACUAAUGUGUCUAUAUCAUUCAUGGCUGCCUCUGCAGGGCCUUGACGAUGCCCAACACAGAGUCAAGUCUCAAUAAAGAGUUGCCGAUUAGGUGACUGAAACACAGCUCUUCCUAGUUAAGGAUUCCAUUUGCAAUCCAGCUAAAACCUAAGCACCAUAAUGCAUCAUAUUUGUGCUUUCCUAAAGCCCUUCGACCUUUAUUUUCCAUUUCACAAAGCUUGUUAUGUGUAUAACAUACUACCCUCUUCCUCUUUUCCGUCUUCUCAAUGAUAUGUCACAAAUUGAUGUAUUUUUAUUGGGUGAGGCCCAGUAAUCUCCCUGUUUAUAGCUCUGACCUUUCUGUGCGCAAACACACAAAGUGAACUUUGGUUUAUCUCCUACCAUAAUGUAGCUGCUAAUUACUGGCAGCAGGCUGUACUCCACCACCCACGUGACUGGUGGGGCAUGACCAGAACGGAGCACCGAGAACAGCGGACUGAGGGACUCAGCUGGAGGCUGUCCGUCUGGAUUUUCUGCCUCCCUUGAAGCCCAGAGCAAAGCAAGUGGGCACAAGGAGUAUGGUUCUGACGUACCCAAGGUCAUGAAGACACCACUGUUGGGCUUGGCUUUGUGGUCACUGCUUCUCCAGCCCGGGCUGACAUUAUGGUCCAACCAGGUGAGUCAAAACUGCCACAAUGGCAGCUACGAGAUCAGCGUCCUGAUGAUGAACAACUCAGCCUUCCCAGAGCCCCUGGAAAACUUGAGAGAUGCGGUGAAUGGUGGGCUGGAAAUAGUGAGAGAACGUCUGCAAAAGGCUGGCAUUAACGUGACUGUGAAUGCCUCCUUUAUCUAUUCGGACGGCCUGUUCCACACGUCAGGGGACUGCCGGAGCAGCACGUGUGAAGGCCUCGACCUGCUCAGGGCCAUCUCAAGAGAAAAAAAAAUGGGCUGUGCCCUCAUGGGACCCUCAUGCACAUAUUCUACCUACCAGAUGUACCUUGACACAGAGUUGAGCUACCCCAUGAUUUCAGCUGGAAGUUUUGGAUUGUCAUGUGACUAUAAAGAAACCUUAACCAGGCUGAUGUCUCCAGCCAGGAAAUUGAUGUACUUCUUGGUUAACUUUUGGAAGAUCAACAAUCUGCCAUUUAAAACAUUUUCCUGGAACUCUUCAUAUGUUUACAAGGAUGGCAACGAAGAGUCUGAGGAUUGUUUCUGGUACCUCAAUGCUCUGGAGGCUGGAGUUUCCUAUUUUUCCCAGGAACUCAGCUUUAAGGACACGUUGAGAAAAAAGGACCAGUUUCAGUCUAUCUUAACAGACCGCAAUAGGAAAAGCAAUGUGAUUGUUAUGUGUGGAACACCAGAAACUGUCAACAACCUCAAGGGUGACCAAGCAGUGGAUGAAGACAUUGUCAUUAUUCUAGUGGAUCUAUUCAAUGACUACUACUUUGAGGACCAUGCCAAAGCCCCUGACUAUAUGAAAAAUGUCCUUGUUCUGACACUGCCUCCUGAAAAUUCCAGACUGAAUUACUCUUUCUCCGGUAACUUUUCACCGGGAAGAAGAGACUUUGCUCUUUCCUACUUGAAUGGAAUCUUGCUUUUUGGACACGUGGUGAAGACAUUUCUCGAAAAUGGAGAAGAAGUUCUCACCCACAAAUUUGCUUAUGCCUUCAGGAACCUCACUUUUGAAGGGUAUGGGGGUCCAGUGACCUUGGAUGACAGUGGAGAUGUUGACGCAACCAUGACACUUCUUUAUACCUCUCUGAAAACCAACAAAUAUGAAACUCUGUUGACCUAUGACACCCAUGAAAAUAAGACUAUCCCAGUGAAGUCGGACCCCAUAUUCAUCUGGCAGAACUCUAAACUUCCUAACGAUGUUCCAGGCCAGGGCCCUCAGAUCCUGCUGAUUGCAGUCUUCACCCUCGCCGGGACUGUGAUACUGCUCCUCCUCAUCGCCCUCCUGGUGCUCAGAAAAUAUAGAAAAGAUAAUGAGCUUCGUCAGAAAAAAUGGUCCCACAUUCCUCCUGAAAAUAUCUUUCCUCUGGAGACCAAUGAGACCAAUCAUGUUAGCCUGAAGAUCGACGAUGACAGGAGACGAGAUACAAUCCAGAGGCUACGACAGUGCAAAUACGACAAAAAGCGAGUGAUUCUCAAAGACUUCAAGCACAAUGACGGCAAUUUCACGGAGAAACAGAAGAUAGAAUUGAACAAGUUGCUUCAGAUUGACUAUUACAACCUGACCAAGUUCUACGGCACAGUGAAGCUGGACACCAUGAUCUUUGGGGUGAUCGAAUACUGUGAGAGAGGAUCCCUCCGGGAAGUUUUAAAUGACACAAUUUCCUACCCUGAUGGUACUUUCAUGGAUUGGGAAUUUAAGAUUUCUGUCUUGUAUGACAUUGCUAAGGGGAUGUCAUAUCUGCACUCCAGUAAGACUGAAGUCCACGGUCGUCUGAAGUCCACCAACUGCGUGGUAGACAGCAGAAUGGUAGUGAAGAUCACAGAUUUUGGAUGCAAUUCCAUUUUACCUCCCAAGAAAGACCUGUGGACAGCUCCGGAGCACCUCCGCCAGGCCAGCGUCUCUCAGAAGGGAGACGUGUACAGCUACGGGAUUAUCGCUCAGGAGAUCAUCCUGCGGAAAGAAACCUUCUACACGCUGAGCUGCCGGGACAAGAAUGAGAAGAUUUUCAGAGUUGAAAAUUCCAACGGAAUAAAACCCUUCCGCCCAGAUCUAUUCCUGGAAACAGCAGAGGAAAAAGAGCUCGAAGUGUAUCUACUUGUCAAAAACUGUUGGGAAGAAGAUCCAGAAAAGAGACCAGAUUUCAAAAAAAUUGAGACCACACUGGGCAAGAUAUUUGGCCUUUUUCAUGAUCAAAAAAAUGAAAGUUAUAUGGAUACUUUGAUCCGACGUCUACAGCUAUAUUCUCGAAACCUGGAACACCUGGUAGAGGAAAGGACGCAGCUGUACAAGGCAGAGAGGGACAGAGCUGACAGACUCAACUUUAUGUUGCUCCCAAGGCUAGUGGUGAAGUCUCUGAAGGAGAAAGGCUUUGUGGAGCCGGAACUCUAUGAGGAAGUGACAAUCUACUUCAGUGACAUUGUAGGUUUCACUACUAUCUGCAAAUACAGCACCCCUAUGGAAGUGGUGGACAUGCUUAAUGACAUCUAUAAGAGUUUUGACCACAUUGUCGAUCACCAUGAUGUCUACAAGGUGGAAACCAUUGGCGAUGCCUAUAUGGUGGCGAGUGGCUUGCCUAAGAGAAAUGGCAAUCGCCAUGCUAUAGACAUUGCCAAGAUGGCCUUGGAAAUCCUCAGCUUCAUGGGCACCUUUGAGCUGGAGCAUCUUCCUGGCCUCCCAAUAUGGAUUCGCAUUGGAGUUCACUCUGGUCCCUGCGCUGCUGGAGUUGUGGGAAUCAAGAUGCCUCGUUAUUGCCUGUUUGGAGACACGGUCAACACAGCCUCCAGGAUGGAAUCCACCGGCCUCCCCUUGAGAAUUCAUGUGAGUGGCUCCACUAUAGCCAUCCUGAAGAGAACCGAGUGCCAGUUCCUGUAUGAAGUGAGAGGGGAAACGUACUUAAAGGGAAGAGGCAAUGAGAUCACCUACUGGCUGACCGGGAUGAAGGACCAGAAGUUCAACCUGCCAACUCCGCCCACUGUGGAGAAUCAACAGCGCUUGCAAGCAGAGUUUUCAGACAUGAUUGCCAACUCCUUACAGAAAAGACAGGCUGCAGGGAUAAGAAGCCGAAAACCACGACGCGUAGCCAGCUACAAAAAAGGCAGUCUGGAAUACUUGCAGCUGGAUAUCACAGACAGGGACAGCACCUAUCUUUAAACCUAAAUGAGGUGUAAGGACUCAUGCGAAUUAAAUACAGCUGGACUUAGGCAGUGGCCUCAAGUGCCUUGAAAGCCUGCAUUUUCCUGAGACCUCAAAUGAAACAGGAAAGUGCUUGGCCUUGGCUGCCCCGUCUGGAACAUAGACUUCCUUCCAUGAGUCAGACAUGUGUUCUCAGUGAAAUAACUGCCUUCGACUCUGAGCCUUAUCCCAAUAGUUGUUCUAGAGAACCUCCACCUGGAAAAGAAAAGAAAUGAUUAGGCUAUCUAGAACUUUGGGGGAGAUUUUAUUCUUAUUUCAUUUAUUUUGUUUUUGUCUGUUUUAUUUACUGGUUCCUUGCUCUUCUAUAUUCAUGUUAGGAUUUUUUAAAUUGUCAUAAUUAUAUUUUAAAUAUCUUAUAUCCAUUAAAAUAUACUUAACUCAUAAU